AUGAACAUAUGCCGCCUUCUCAACUCACGAAGUCCCUCGCCAGGCCGUGCCACUACGGCCACCGCAGCUACUGCCACCAACGACCCAAUUGACGAUGACUACACUGGGGCUACGGUCCCACAACUGCCGCCGCCACUCUUUGACACUUACGAUGACCUGUUUGCCUUCCUCCGCAACUUCCACCUUUCCAAUGGCGCCGCCAUAGUGAAGGCCUCUAGCUCCUCAAGGCGGGAUAUCGGGGGCAUCAUCCAGCCAAGCUACAUCGUCUUCAAAUGCGGCCGUGGCCCGCGACGGCCGUCACAAAGCUCGGGCCAUCAUAACCACGGACAGUCCCUCGAUCCAUCGGCGCACAAUGUCUAUCGCCGCCGCACGCUUGCUCAGCAACAAAAAGAGCGAGAACUAGCCAACGAGAAUGGCAUUAGGGCCCGCGAGAUGGCUAGUAUUGUUAGAAAAGCCGACAGGCCAGGCUAUGAUUAUUUCCGCACACGGGACAUCUACAAUGAUCGUCAAACCAUCAAACGCGAGCGACUUAACAGCCUUACAGCUACCCAAGCCUUCGCCUUCGUCAAGGAGCUUGAUAGCGGAGAUAUUAGGGUCAGAACCUUGCGCGAUGAAGAGGACCGCGUCUGUGCCGUCUUUUGGACUUACGACUGGUGCCGCACGAUGUGGAAGAAGUUUCCGGAGGUGCUAGGUUUGGACAACACAUACAAGACCAAUCGCUUUGGGUUACACCUAUUUCAAGCCACAGGUGUGAUGGAUCAGAAGACCCUGGCCAACUUCACCUUCGGCCUUAUAAACGGCGAAAAGGAGCACCACUUCCAGUGGUUAUGUGACCGGCUUGACGAGCUUCGCAUCGACAUUGGGGCAGACACGCCGGAGGUGAUCAUCACUGACAAGGAACAGGCUCUCCGCGCAGCCCUCACGAACACCUUCCCAGGUGCUCAGCAGCAGCUAUGCGUAUACCACAACUUGGCCAACGUCCGGGCUAAAAUUAACGCCCGCUGGAAGGACACUGAGGGCGAAGAUCACGACGCCAUUAUUGUUGAGCUUGAUAAUGACGGAAACACCCUUUCUCUCGUGCCAGAGCUAGACCUUGAUGUUGUCGCCCGGGGCCGUGUACAAAACGAGGCAGAGGACGAGCUUGCGAACCCUUCUGAUGACUACAACCGUGAGGAGAUGUUCAAAGCCUUCCGAGCCGUGGUCUGUGCCGCUGAUCACGAUGCCUUCAAAGACUCGUGGAAGUCUUUUGCCGAAACUUUAGGCCGACAGCAACGGCACAUCCUGCGAUAUGUCCAGAAGGAAUAUAUGCCGUGGCGCAAGCAGUGGGUAAAGUGUUACAUUGACCGCUAUCGGAACUUCGGUCAAAGGGUCAAUAGCCCUACUGAGACCGCUCACGCAGACGUAAAUUCUCACCUUGUGACAGGCAUGGGAGACCUUCUUUACCUCCACCAAGCCCCUGUCACGGUGAUUGAUAACAAGUCUCGGUCCUAUCGUCAAGAGGCUGCAAGACAGACUCAGCGUCAGCGUGAUCAGUACCUCAAGCAGGCAUGGCUUGACAAGCUCAACCUGCAGAUCACAUAUCACGCCAUUGACCUGCUUGCCAGGCAGUAUCUCUUUGCCCUCGCCGCCCUGCCUGAUCAGCGCGAGCCCAAACCGCUACUCCCUUGCACAGGCAACUUCGAACGGCCUGCCUUGUAG